GUUGGCGUGGCUCGGAGAUUGGGUUGGCAGAAGGUAUGGCCCGAGUGUGAUGCACUAUAUGUGGUGAAUGCAAUCAAGGAACAAAAUGGUGUUUCUCCGAUUUUUUUGUUUUAUGGUUGAGUUCAGUAUUCUUUUUUUUUUUUUUUUUUUUUUGCUUUUUAUUGUAAUCAUAUUAUGAAAUCGGACAAUAUUGUAACUCAUUUCGUAACUAGAUGGAAUUCUAAUUUGGAUUUAACUUGUUUAUUUUACUCCGUUACCCAAAAAUUUAACAAUUUUGCUGAAUUUCGAUUUAGUUGAAUAAAUUUCUUUUGCUCGAUUUUUCCCUCAAAAGAAGAAAAAACUCCACACAAACCCAAUUCGACCCAACCCAAUUUAUGAACUAGCACGAGCUUCAAAUACCAAGGUAAAAGAAAAACUAUAACAAAAUGACUUGGAGUGUAAGGCAACUCAGCUUACCAAUCCCCAAAAUUAAACCCUAAACCUGACUUUCCAUACAACCCCCAAAAUUAAUCUUUGUUGUGACUUUCCCAAUUUCUUCUCAAAUUAGACUACGAAUGUCCUUGCUUCUGCUUGUUUAUACUUCGUAAUCUAAUUUUUAGAAGUUUUAGCAUGUUAAUUACUCCAAGAACAUUUAGGAAUUGCAAAAAUCAAGUAAGUAUUUCUCUUCUUCUGUUUCCUACUGGGGCACAGCCAAUAUUAGAUAGAAAAAAGCCACUUCAAAAUAAUGGAUCUUACCUCUACCAAAAUUUUGGUUUUUGGAAUAAAAGCAACGGACUUCUAUCAAAUUCAUGUGUUUCUAAGGAUAAAUGGAAUAGGUCAGAUAAUAUGGGUAAGUUGUUUGACACGUCAGAAAUCAGUGUCCUGAAAAUUGAAGACCCCUCAGCUCGGCAGAUAUAUCUUGCAUCCCUAUCAGUUGGUACUCGGAGAUGGCCGUUCUUUGCUAUUCUUGGAAGUUCCAGAGCCUUUUUUAAGACGGUUGUCACUACUGAGAGCUAUCCUCAUAAUCCAGAAAUUACAAAUGAUCUCCUGAAUCAUAUUGUUUGCACUAUUGAAAAUACAGCUUUCUGCGACAGGAAUAUAUGUUACGACAUUGAAAGGCUAUGUAGAUCUGGCAACGUUUCAGCAAUCGAUAACUUGCUGCAGUUUUUACACGACAAACAUAUAUUUCUUGACUCUGAUGCCUAUAAUAUUCUUUUGGCUGCAACAAGUGAAAGGAGUGACAUUGAACAUUCACUUGUGAUAUUUAAGGAUAUAUUGGUCUCCUCUAAAGGGAUGAGUCAGAAAAGUUAUUUCAAUCUUGCCAAGGCUUUUGUAAACACAGAUGAUGGAUCCCUGCUACUCAAAUUUGUUAGAGAAAUAUCUCAGCUGACAUCUCACUGUGGUGUCCUGGUUUUAAACAGAAUGAUCUUUGCCUUUGCUGAGUGUAGGCAGAUUGAUAAGGCUUUAUUAAUAUUUGAUCAUAUGAAGGUUUCAGAAUGCAAGCCAGACUUGGUCACUUACAAUACAAUCAUUGGGUUGCUAGGUCGAGCUGGUUUGAUGGAUGAUAUGCUGCAGGAGUUUGCUUCCCUGAUAAAGGCGAACAUAACUCCAGAUAUUGUUACAUACAAUACCCUGUUAAACAAUCUGCAAAAAUUGGGAAGAUUAGAUCUCUGUUUAGUGUGUAUGAGGGAAAUGGAUAAGAACAGACUCAUUCCAGAUUUGAGAACGUAUACUGCAUUGAUUGAAAGCUUUGGUCGAUCAGGUAACAUAGAGGAAGCAUUGAGACUUUUCACUGCAAUGAAGAGCAGGGAAGUCCAGCCCUCUAUCUACAUAUACAGGUCAUUGAUUAAUAAUUUAAAGAAAAUGGGGAAGUUGAAGGCUGCAGGUGUCCUUUUGGAUGAGAUGAAUCAUUCUCUGCCAUACCUGGUAGGCCCAAAGGAUUUUAAAAGAAAAAGCAGAUGAAGGACACAAACUAUAAUCAUGGAUGCAGAGUAAUUUCGUUGUCACACAACCAUGGUCUUGUGGCUGAUAUCAAAGAUAAGUGGAAUGAGCUGCAAGAGCGUGUGGAGUCGGUUGAUCUUGAAAAAGUUUUGCAGAAUGGUUCUGAAUGGGGCCAGAUAUGUACAUUGUAAUUUGGGAUGAAUCUUUGACGAGGCUGAUCUCCAUGUUUCAAUGAUCUAUAGCAUACUCAAUGAAACUCGACUGUGCUAUUGUAAGAUAUUACAAGGUUAGAUGCUCGCUUAGGUCUAUGCUAUUCUUAACACACAACCAGCUGUCUUGUAUAGUUUGUAUCCAACUGAUUCCUCAAAGUUAAUAAUGUUCUGCAUGUGCACAAAUGUGUGAAGGCUUAGUAGUUCAUUUUGUUCUUUCUGGUUUUACUGCUGGGUAUGUGUAUGCCUAAAUUUGCUAUGGGGAUAUUUAUAUUUUCACUGAA